AUGGCUGAAAAUAAACCAAAGACAGAACCAAAUGCAACUCAUUCACCAGACAAUAGAAAUAAUUUGAAAACAACUAAUGGCAACGAUUACCAGAUACUGAUUGGAGACAACAGUUUCAAUGCGAGUUCUUCCCAAUCGAGUUACGUGUCGGACACCAACUCCGAUGACAACAAAGUGUAUCGCAACUACAUCUCAUCGCCGCAUCACUUCCUUCUGAUCCUAUUCCUCAUAAUCUAUGUCCUCCUCAUUCUGUUGGGCGCCUCAGUCUUCUCACUCUUUGAACAGAAGGCAGAGUUCCAGAUAAGAGACCAAUUGCUGCGAACGCAACAGACAUUUCUGGCCAAACAUCCAUGUGUUGAUGCCGAAUCGCUCGAUGCGUUUGUCGAGUCAGUAAUUAAAUCUCUGGACAGUGGAGUCAAUUUACAUCAACUCAACCAAAUUCUUCGACAGAGUGAACGCCACAACCAGAAGGUCUCUCAGACGCAUCCGCCACAAGAAGUUACCCCAAAGAGUAUUAAUCCUAUAACCGAUAAACCGGACAGUCAUAUCAAAGAAUAUAAAAGUGAUACAAAAGAAUCCAAAUUUGGAUACUAUUCUAAAAGUGAGACAAAAGCGCGACAAAAGAGCCAAAAGUCAGAGAUGUUGUCAUCAAAUAUUCCGACAGAAUAUUCCAAUUGGGAGUUCACUUCGAGUUUGAUGUUUGUGACGAGUGUAGUGACCACAAUAGGUUAUGGUCAUGUCACUCCCAUCACUGUGGAGGGCAAAGUGUUUUGCCUGAUAUUCUCAUGCGUUGCCAUUCCCUUCACUCUAAACGGUCCGAUCAGGAUAUUUGAGAAAUGGCUCAUCAGAACCAUUUCCUCUCACUUCCAAAACACUCGAGACUUUUUCAUACGAGUACUACAUGUGUUGAUUGUAACCAUCACUUUACUCUUAUUGAUAUUAAUAUUCCCGGCGUUUCUGUUCUCUUAUAUGGAGAAAGAGUGGUCUUUCUUAGACGCUAUCUAUUAUUGUUAUAUCAGUCUUACAACUGUCGGUUUGGGAGACUUUGUCGCCACCACUUCCGAUGUACAAUAACAUACUUAUACUGCGGACUCGCAAUGAUUAUGCUUUGGAUUUCGGUCAUCCUUCGUAUCCCACAAUUGAAUUUAAAACCACUUUUAUUGACAGAAAAGGAGGAAAUGGAUGAAUGCAUGAAAAUUAUGGAUUUGAAUAAGACACUUCAACCAAACAAUUAUGGCACACAAUACAAUACCCACAAAUGAGCCUUUUUUAACAUAUUUUAUAUUUGAAUUUUAAUUAAUGACAUUUUUCUACUGAUUAUAUAAUAGCAAAUAAAGUUUUGGUUAAAUGCGGAUCAAUUUGUAUGAUAUUUUAAAUAAAUAUAGUAGCAAUAAAUCCAAUAUUAAUUAACUCAA